AUGAUUGUCUAUGCGUCAAUAUGCACCCAUGAUAGUGAAAAUAAGGGCCUUUUGCAUGGGUGUUGCGCGAAAGUUGGUUGCCCCCGAGUUUCUCACCUUUUCUUUGUAGAUGAUUCCUUACUAUUUUUUGAUGGUACAGUGGAGGAAGCUAUACGGAUUAAGCAAAUUCUUGGUGUUUAUGAGAAGGCUUCAGGUCAGGCUGUAAAUUUUGAUAAAUCUGGUAUCAUGUUUAGUCCGUGUGUGUCUGAGGAAAACCGGUUGACCAUCUCUGGAAUACUUGAUGUUCAUCUUCCUUUGGGUAGCGGUAAUUAUUUGGGGUUACCAUCUCUUAUUGGCCGUAGUAAAAAGCAAAUUUUCUCUUUCUUGAGGGAUCGCAUUUGGAAACGUAUUAGUAGUUGGAGUAAUCGUUUUCUUUCUCGUGCAGGCAGAGAAGUAUUAAUUAAAUCUGUAUUACAGGCAAUUCCAACAUAUUGCAUGAAUGUUUUUUUAUUACCUGUUUCCACUUGCCGACAGCUACAGGUCAUGAUGAAUAAAUUUUGGUGGGGUGGUUGUCGUGAGGAUGGGAGAGGGAUGAAUUGGCUCUCGUGGGAUCGAAUGUGCGGCCGUAAAUCGGAAGGUGGGAUGGGCUUUCGGGAUUUGGCUAGUUUUAAUACUGCCUUAUUGGGAAAGCAAGGUUGGCGUUUGUUGGUUGACACCAAUUCUCUUCUAUAUAGAGUGCUCAAAGCUAAAUAUUUUCCGAAUGGGGAUUUUUUGUCAGCUCGGUUAGGUUCUAACUAUAGCUUCGUUUGGAAGAGUAUUUUGUCUUCUCAACAAAUGUUGCAACGUGGGGUAAGGUGGCGAAUUGGUGAUGGUAAGCAGGUUUUUGUUGUUAAUUGCCCUUGGAUUCCUCGGGAUAUUGGUUUUAUGCCUUUAGAUGAGGCGAUGUUUGUUCCUGAAGCCAUGAGAGUAUGUGAUUUGUUUGUUGAAGAGAAAGGACUGCACGUAUGGCUAUACAUGCAUGGAAGUUAUGGCAUGCCAGGAAUGAAAGAUUGUGGGUCAAUAAAGUUUUGUCACCCAGUGAGGUUCAUCAUGCUGCUAGUUCCUAUUUUAAUGAUUAUGUGGCUUCACUUGUGUCUCGACCAAGGAUGUUAUCCCACCCAUCUGUUCCUCGUGUGCUCCCAUUGGUUGAGGCUACCACUCUUGAAGUUGAUUGGAUUGUAUUCAUUGAUUGUACAGUCUUUGCUAGUGCUGAUUUGUUCGGUUUUGCAGCAGUAUUUGAGGACUUGGAAGGCUUCUUUUCCAUUGCAAUUUCGGGUUUCUAUGAGGGGGGUGGGCAACCUGUUAUUGCUGAAGCUUUGGCCUUGCGUCAAUGUUUAUUUUAUGCUAGAGAUUGUUUUCUUCAGGCGGGUUGUAUUUUUACGGAUAACCAAUCCUUAGCCUUGGCUAUUCGCUCUCCUUUGGAUGACUUUUCAGAGUUUGGAUUAGUUGUUUCUGAUUGCAAAGAUGUUAUGCGGUCUCAGGAUAACAUUCAUGUUUGUUGGGUACGGCGUUCAGAAAAUAGAGCCGCCCAUUUAUUAGCUAGAGAGUCUAUUCAUCAUGGUAGAUUCAAGAUUUGGAUUGA